AUGGAAGAAAAGAAGCAAGCGGAUGAGGGGAAGAAGAAGCGGGGUGGGUGGGGGGAUGAAGGGGAGAGUGUGAAAGAGGAGAAGCGGAAAGGAGAGCGUGGGGGAGGGGAUGAGAGGGGGGAUGAGAGGCGGGGGAAACGGAGAAGAGUUUUGGGAAGGGGGUCACAUGAGAGAAAGGCGGAGGAGGAGGAGGAGGAGGAGGAGGAUACUGCAGUUGAAUCUGAGGGUGGUGAGGAGGGAAGGCUGACGAGUGGUUUGAGUAGGAUCAAUAGUCACGUAAAGAGGGAAGCUGAAGAGAAGGGGGAGGAGGAGGAGGAGGAGGAGGAGGAUGGUGCCGGUGAAGCCGAGAAAAAUCUGAAGGUGGUGGCGAGCAGAAGGACGGCAGUGAGUGGUUUGGCAGAAAGGGGGACUUUUGAGACGCCUGUAAAGGAAAGGCGGAGGGAGAAGGGAAGGCCUGUGUAUGAAGAAAUCAAGAACGAGAUCAAGAAGCUGGUGACAACGGACAAUUUGAAUGAGAUCCCUGCAACAGUGGCUACGUAUGGAUGGUGUUACUUUUGA